AUGGUUAUGCUGAAAAACAUAAUUUUAGGUGGUUGCCAUGAUUGUCUCUGCACCUCCUCCUCAGAGGCUCAAAAGGAGACCAGCGCCAACGACGACAGCAUCGUUUUCACCAGGAUCCUGGACGGGCUCCUCGACGGUUAUGAUAACAGGCUGCGACCGGGCCUGGGAGAGAAUGUCACAGAAAUCAAGACGAAUAUUUUCGUUACCAGCUUUGGCCCGGUUUCCGACACAGAGAUGGAAUAUACCAUGGACGUGUUCUUCCGUCAAAGCUGGAAAGACGAACGUCUGUGCUUCAAAGGGCCCAUGGGGAAGUUAUCCUUAAAUAACCUCCUGGCAAGCAACAUCUGGACCCCUGACACAUUCUUUCUUAAUGGCAAGAAGUCAAUUGCCCACAACAUGACCACGCCCAACAAGCUGCUGAGGCUGCAGGACGACGGCACAUUACUUUAUACCAUGAGGUUGACUAUAUCAGCAGAAUGCCCCAUGCAGCUGGAGGAUUUCCCCAUGGAUGCACAUGCCUGCCCUCUCAAGUUUGGCAGCUAUGCCUAUCCUGUGUCAGAGGUCGUGUAUACCUGGACUCAGGGAGCGGCUAAAUCCGUGGUUGUGGCGGAGGAUGGUUCCAGACUAAACCAGUACCAUCUUAUUGGGCAGACUGCUGGUACAGAGGAUAUACACACAAGCAGAGGACAGUAUACCGUGAUGAUGGCCCACUUCUACCUGAAGAGGAAGAUUGGAUAUUUUGUCAUCCAGACAUAUAUGCCCUGUUUCAUGACAGUAAUCCUGUCCCAAGUGUCAUUUUGGCUAAAUCGAGAAUCAGUUCCUGCACGGACCGUCUUCGGGGUAACCACUGUUCUGACCAUGACGACCCUCAGCAUCAGUGCCAGGAACUCCCUCCCAAAGGUGGCCUAUGCUACAGCCAUGGACUGGUUCAUUGCUGUCUGCUACGCUUUUGUCUUCUCUGCCCUCAUUGAGUUUGCCACAGUAAACUACUUCACCAAGAGGAGUUGGGCUUGGGAUGGCAAGAAAGCCCUUGAAGCACAGCACCCGAAGAAACGUGACCACAUGGUGCUGUCAAAAAAGCCAAACAAUGUUUGCUCUGCGGGCGUCAAUUACACCCCUAACCUCACCAAGGAUGUCUCCAUCGCCACAAUCUCCAACACGACAUCGGUGCAGCUCCGAGCCUCUGAGACCAAGAUGGUGGACCCCAAGAAGACUUACAACAGCGUCAGCAAGAUUGACAAGAUGUCGCGGAUAGUGUUUCCCAUCCUCUUUGGAACCUUCAAUCUUGUCUACUGGGCCACCUACCUGAACAGAGAACCGGUGGUCAAAGGUGUCGUCACAUCCACAUAAUCCACCUUUUGUUUUCAGUCCUGAGAGAGAACGUAGUACGUGAGGGAGGAAGUUUUAGGACGUUUUCGUGGGUGGGUGCACAAAAAGGAGGUUUUUUUUUACUGCAGACCAAAUACAGAAAGAAAAAUUAAUAGAUAUUUGUUCUUGACUAACAAAAACAGCAAACUUACUAUUAUUCAGGCACUUUGAAUGGAUGCAAUCUCUUUCUUGAUAUUCGUGGCCAACCGAGUGCUUCGAAGAUUUGCUGAAUGUGAAAGCAGCUGCUUUGCUUCUUCUCAUCUACCCUGCUGCAGUUUGCAUGAUGCGCUCGGCAAAGGAAGCCACAGCCACUCUUUGUCUUAAACGCAGACCACGUAUUUGUCAAUGACUGCUUUAAAGUCUGUCACCACACUUCAGCACUAUUACUUGACAAGCGGUUUUUAAAUUUGCAUAAUGUAGGCAUUUUGAAGAAAAUUUAAAUGCAUUGUAUUCUUAUCAAUGGCCUGAAAUGCACUGAGCUAAUGUGAUGACAAAUGUGCAAUAUGACAUGCAUUUGAAUCUUAAAAAUAUCUAACUCCCUCCCUCUUGAAAGUAGUGCUGCAAGUGCAUUAAUAAUUCAGUUUUACGUCUCUCUCCUUUUUUUUUCUUUUUUUGCUAGCAGCUUAUGCUCUUUGUGCAUCUUUAC